GGGCAGCCACUCGGAUGCUGCUGUAGUGAGUAGAGAUCACGCCCACUUCCCUGUCUCUGCACUGUGUUGGCUUUCUCACAGCUCUCACCGAGUUUAUGUAGUAACGUUACAACACUAGGGGAUGUAAUAAAGGAAAGAAGUCAUGGAUCAAGUUGAAGAAAAAACAAGCAAAACAGUCGACAUUUAUCGCGAUACAUGGGUCCGCUUCCUAGGUUAUGCCAAUGAAGUCGGGGAGGCUUUUCGUGCUCUGGUACCAGUGAGUUUGGUAUGGGGCAGCUAUGCUGUGGCCACUAUGUAUGUUACUGCGGAUGCUGUGGACAAAGGGAAGAAAGCAGCUCUGGUCCACGGGGACAACCCAGGGAAGACAACCCGAGUAGCGGUGGCAGUGGUGGACACGUUUGUGUGGCAGGCCCUCGCCUCUGUGAUCAUCCCGGGCUUCACCAUUAACCGUGUAUGUGCUGCGUCACUGCACCUGCUGGGCAGAACCACCAAGUGGCCCCUGCCCGUCCGCAAGUGGACCACUACAGCGAUAGGCCUCUCCACGAUCCCCUUCAUUAUUUCUCCUAUAGACAGGUCAGUGGAUUACUUUCUUGACUCAAGCCUUCGGAAGGUCUACAAUGAGGAAGAGAAGCACAAAUAAGAAUGCACCGUACCGACCAAAAGGUUCCCUCCUGGGUAGAGACCAGUCCAGUCUACGCCGACAUGCGCUGGUCAUCCACCACUGUGAAGCACUGUUGUGAAGAAAAAUUUCAUGGGGCAGACACCACAGUUAUUCAAAUAUAUAAACAAAACAUUUAUUUUAUAAUUAUAACAUUUAUAUAAGUAAGUUAAGAUGUUCUUGCUUCAUGAAAUAUCCCCUUGGGGAUCCUUAAUUUCAACCUCUUAGGGCAAUCUGGAUAGUGACACCAACAUGUUCUAAAACAGGAAUGUAACGGUAGGAUAUAUGUAUGAAUACUCAGUGAAAUCCUGCUUCUUGAGCUUACCUCAUGUCCAGAUGUAAAGGAGAUUAAAUACAAAUCCACACUUACUGUGUUUAUUUGC